UCCUCUCUAUGGUCUCUCGGCGGAGCGCUCUGUUGUUCUAUCCGCCCCCGCCAGCGGCGCUCUCCGCACUUCAGGCUCGCUCUACGGCGGGAGCCUUUCUAUCACAGCCCUCUCCUCUCUGUGCCCGGAGGCUUUUUGCUCUCAGGUCUUCCUAGCUCUCUAUGGUGUGCGGCGCUCUGCACCCCGGCCUCCCACCUAUUUAUCGCCUCGCUUUCUCCGGCUGUUGGCGUUGAACGCGGCACUGCGGGGAGCAGCGCGGAGCCCCGCAGGCACGGCGCGCAGCUCCGCCCGGCCGCGUCCCCAGGAUGUGGUGCCGGAGGCUGGCGUGCCUGCUCAGUGUGCCUUGCCAACACACCAGACAUCACUUGCUGGGGCUGUCCUGCGGCAGGAGGACCUUCACAGCUGCUGUGGCUCGCUGGCAUCACACAGCCCCAGAGUCCCUCAGCUGUGCCUGGCAGUUACACGGUGAUCAUUUAGAGCUCAGGUAUGCAAACACCUUGAUGCGCUUCGAUUUCGUCUGGCUGCGGGACCACUGCCGCUCAGCUUCCUGCUACAACGCCAAGACAAACCAGCGCAGCUUGGACACAGCUAGUGUGGACCUCAGCAUCAGGCCCAAGGCUGUCCGAGUGGAUGAGACCACGCUUUUCCUCACGUGGCCGGAUGGACAUGUUACACGGUAUGGGCUGCAGUGGCUGGUGAAGAACAGCUACGAGGGGCAGAAGCAGCAGGUCAUGCACCCACGGAUCCUCUGGAAUGCAGAAAUCUACCGGCAAGCCCAGGUCCCCUCUGUUGACUGCCGAAGUUUCCUGGAGACGGACGAGGGGCUGAAGGAGUUCCUGCAAAACUUCCUUCUGUAUGGGAUUGCUUUUGUUGAGAAUGUCACUCCCACCAAAGAGGACACACAAAUCUUAGCGGAAAGGAUCAGUUUAAUCAGGGAGACCAUCUAUGGCAGAAUGUGGUACUUCACCUCUGAUUUCUCCCGGGGCGACACUGCCUACACAAAACUGGCUCUGGAUCGGCACACUGACACGACCUACUUCCAGGAGCCCUGCGGCAUCCAAGUGUUUCACUGCCUCAAGCAUGAGGGGACAGGAGGACGUACACUGCUGGUGGAUGGCUUCUAUGCAGCGGAGCAGGUUCUCCGGCAAGCACCUGAUCAGUUUGAGCUGCUAAGUAAGGUGCCACUGAAGCACGAGUACAUUGAGAACGUGGGAGAUUGUCACAACCACAUGAUCGGAGUUGGGCCAGUCCUCAACGUCUAUCCCUGGAACAAUGAGCUUUACCUGAUCAGAUACAAUAACUAUGACCGCGCAGUCAUCAACACUGUGCCUUAUGAUGUUGUGAAUCGUUGGUACACUGCUCACCGCACACUCACCACUGAGCUCAGGAGACCAGAAAAUGAAUUGUGGGUCAAACUGAAGCCAGGCAAGGCGCUGUUCAUAGAUAACUGGCGUGUCCUGCAUGGGCGGGAAGCAUUCACGGGGUACCGCCAGCUGUGUGGCUGCUACCUGACAAGAGAUGAUGUGCUCAACACCGCACGCCUGCUGGGACUGCAAGCUUAGCCUGGGUCAUCUGCUGUGCAGAGGCAGACAGAGCUCCACGCCGUGCUGGUGGGUCACCACAACCAUGUUGCACAUACCUCAGACACCUCCGCCCUCUCUGAGCAGUUCUCUCUCUGCCUGUGUGGGAGAGGGAGCAGGUGGAAGCCAAAGGUUAUGGGAGCUUUAUGGGACUGUAUUCUGCCUUUUUCUGAGCUUGGUCAGCUCUCGCUGUCUGUGCACUCAGCCUGGUCUUUUCAGCCAGCCGCUUUGUCUCAGCUCCAGUGAACUGGGGCUAAUCACACUCUGCGAAGUGCUCCUCCAAUCAAGUGCCUUCAGAAUCCGAAAUCUGUUUCUCCCUGUUGUUUGGCCUUUUUUGUUACCAUAUUUGUUUUUUUGGCGUAACAGAGCAGAAUGGAUAUAUCUGGGAUCUUGUUUCAGCUCAGGCCAGAUGCCUUCUAGAGAAAAAGGAACACUAUUCAUUGAACGUGCCACUACUUAAAUUGAGGGUUUUGGCAUGUAUUUGUGACUUCCUUCCCCUUAAACAAGCUGUCUACCCCUGUCUGAUGGGCUCUGGUACAAGCAGUGCUGUUUGAGAGUUGGCCUGGAAAGCCAAGCUCAUAUACUUAAGGUACCUCUAAAGGUUUACGUAGACAGAAAGGGGAAAGUAGUGAGAUCUGCACAUUGGAAAGGAGAGGUGGCUUUGGAUGAGGAGUGUGCUUCUCACAUUUUCUUCAGUAAUGUAAUGUUGAACUAGUGGUCUGUCUGCCUGUUAUGCUGUACUUCAGCCGAGAGUGAAGGAUCAUCAGUGUCUGACACGUUUCCCACUCUGCUCUUCUGGCUUUCUUGAAGAAGGAAUUUUUGUUAGAGCAUCUUUACACGCUGCUGGAUGAGGCUGACUAUUUUUUCCACCAGAUUUUUCUGCAUAUGAAGGUAAUGAACACAGAGGUAUCUUUCAACUCCUGGUAGCAGGAAGGUAAAUUUAUAGAGCGGCACACUGAACAACCACAGUGGAAAUCUCUUUUCAGGUUUUAUUUUUAAUUCUUCCAUAUUUUUGGGAGGUAUUUGCUCUGCUCUGACUGGACCCUAAAACAUGGUCCUGUUCACUUCUGGCUUUCAUGUAUGAGAAAGAUGCUGUUAUGCCUAAGGUAUAAAUGGGGUGCAGAUGCCAAACCUGCUGCCUUCGUUUAAUCUAAAUAUUGAAUGUAUACAUCUUAGUGUUGGGAAGCACUCUUUAAAAGCUCCUGUUCCUGUGGACUGAGCUAACUUAUGCUGUCAUUUGCAGUGAGCCACUACUCCAUCAGGAGUUGAAAGGGUUUCAGUGUGAAGGCUGAUGGGAAGCUGUGUAUCAGAGGAUACAUAAAGAAGUGAAACGUGAGCAAUGGCAGCGGGCUUGAAGGUGAGCUGGCUUCUGUCAAGUGUGUCUCCCAAGGCUUGUGAACAGCCUCAGACAUAGGCAGGCACUUGACACCUAUAGGCUAAGUCAGUGGGUUCCUCAAGCAGCCUGCCUCAUGCAUUGCUUCUAUUAUUUCUUUUCCAAAUAUUUGGUUUAAAGGUUCUCCAUAGAUGCCAGUUACACCAGCAUAACUUAAGUGUGAAGCUUUGCAGAUCUUCAUUAACCACACAGAAGUAGCAAACCCCUGUGGUUACAUGUUCUUCUCACACAACCCAUCUCACAUGCUCCAGGGUUGCUCCACUUUGUAUGUCUGGGAGAAGCUGUGACCUGGAACAUGUUAGGGAGAGGUCAUGACAAAAUCAUUUCUGUGUGUUAAUUGACCCUGGGAGGGAGACAGAGGAACCUGAUCAGUAUUUCAGGACAUGUCAGAGAUUUCUGAGCUCCUCUUGUCUCCUUGUGCCCCCAGAAUCAGAGUGAAAGCACUUGGGUUAAUGUGGGACUCAUCCCUUAGUUGCUGAAAUGAGCUUUACUUCCCAUUUUUAUCAGCUGCAAGCCAAAAAUCUGCCACUACUCUCAGCUGGAGAGUACAGGGCUAUGGCUAGCACGAGGGAGAACUGACUCAAAAUAUAUUGACAAUUGUAGUGAUACAGGUGCCUUUCUGAUGAAGAAUGUGAUGAUUGUAGCUCUGUCUCCCACUGAGCAGUGUGGAGCUGCCAAGAGCUGUGGUCUUCAGCCACCAGAUUCCUCUUUGAGCCAUUCCAAGCCAGCACACUCCUUGAGGUGAUCAUGUAAUGUGUUUUGGGGGGAAAUUUUUUGCCAUAAAUGUAGCAGAAACACAUUUCCUUAUAGGUGUUGUUCAAUUCAGUUUAGCCAUUUCAUAAGAAAAUGGGGAGGGAGCUUUGUUUAAUCUUGUGCUCCACCUCUUCCUCACUUCCCAAAUGGACUGAGUUGUUCCUCGGCAUCUUGUGAUCAUCAAGGCUUUAUUUGUAGAAACAGGGCUUCUUGGCAACUGCAGUCUGUCUGAUAUGGACAUCUGUUGUGUCGUGUUAUGGAACAGGUGGUUUGCUGUAAUGGUAUCAGAUCAAUUUUUGUAAUUAAGCUUUACCAGUUCUUUCAGCCAAUAAAUGAUGAACUGCUUUUUUCUCCCUCCCGCUACACAAGGGCUCCACUGUAUGUGUUUUUAAAACAUUUCCCAAAAGUAAAAAAUGAAGUGAUGAUGUAAUAAAUGAAUUAUAAAGUGGUCAGGUUAACAAGAUGUCUGUGCCUAGCAAUCAUGAAUUUGAUAAGUGCAUUACCCAUCAAAGUUGGAAUAAAUCUGAGAAGGGUAAAUCAA